UGUCUAAUGAGACGCACCUGUGUAAAGAUGAGGCUGUUUUUGUAGGUUCAGGCAACAUGAGCUCUUUAACACACAUGCCAUGGAUAUUCCUCUUCCUGUGCAGUUGUGAGAAGAAUCAUUUAAAGGUGACUACAAACAGAAGGUGAAAUGCAGAGACUGUCACCUCUGGUAGUAGUAGUCCUACUGUACUGCUGCCUCUCAGAAGGUCAAGCCAAUCGCGUCUAUGUUCACCCCUUCCACCUUUUUGCUGUCAAGAAUGUCAGCUGUGAGAACCUGCAGACCCAGACGUCCGAGCCUCGGGGGAUUCUUCCUGUGGUUCCUCUUGAUAUUGAAGUCCUGUCACCAAACACCAGGAACCCAGUGAAACUGAACGCAGAGAGGCAGAACAUCACAGAGAGGACAAUGGUUCUGGCAGGGCUGAUGAAUGCUUUGGGUCUCAGGAUGUACCAGGCUCUGAGCAACAAGCAGAACAGCACCAACACCCUCUUCUCUCCAGUCAACACUUUUGGAUCUCUUGGCAUUUUAUACCUGGGAGCCUCCAGGAAGACAGCAAAAUUGUUCCAGAUUUUUCUGGGCCUGAGCAGUGGCACCGACCGAGAGGACUGUGUAUCCUUAGUGGAUGGACACAAAGUUCUCAAGACCUUGCAGAGCAUUAACACUCUGGUGGCUGACGGACCCAAAGAUGAAAUCGCUACCCAGGUCUGGGCUUUCCAUCGUCAGGACACUCAGCUAUCCGAGGACUUUAUUCAAGGCACACAGGACUUCUCAGACUCAUCGUUCAUCCGCGGCGUGAACUUCUCCAAACCUCAGGAGACUGAGCAGCUAGUGAACAGUUUUGUCAAGAAGACCUCAGACGGAAAGGUGAAGAGCAUCUUCAAAGACCUGAACCCCAGCAGUGACCUUCUGUUCCUUACCUCCUUUCACUUUAAAGGCAACUGGAAGACAGCCUUCCAACCAGAGAGAACCUUCUUGGAGGACUUCCAUGUGGAUGAAACAACCACAGUGAUGGCCCCAAUGAUGACCCACACUGGUCACUACAACUAUGUGAAUGAUAAGGUGCAGCAGUGCACUGUUGUGAAGCUGCCUCUAAGCAAAUGGUCCUACAUGUUGCUGGUCCUGCCUCAUGAAGAGGCAAAUCUUCAAGAUGUGGAGUCUAAACUGCACACUGAAGUCAUGUCUGAGUGGCACCAGAACCUUCAGGAAGGUCUGUUGGAGCUGUCAAUGCCAAAGUUCUCUCUGUCUUCUGCAACUGAUCUGCGUGACCUGCUGACCAGCAUAGACCCAGAAGUUGAGGCCAAAUUGCUGGGCUCUGAGGCUGAGUUCAGUCAACUCGGCAACAAGAAAUCCUUCACUAUAGACAAGGCAGUGAAUAAGGUAUUGUUUGAGAUGUCGGAGGAAGGAGCAGAAGAUCAGGACAAAAUACAGGAAGCUGGUGUCCCUCUGAGUCUGUCCAUCAACCGACCUUUCUUCUUUUCUGUCAUAGAAGGAUAUUCUAAUGCCAUCCUCAUGCUAGGCAAAAUCACUAAUCCCACACUUUAGAGUUGUGUAAUACUUUACAACUCAUUAAGGUUUUAGCACACCAACAUUUAUGUUGGAUCUUUGGUUUACCUUAUUUCAGAUGGAGGGAACGAGAACUUUGAGAUUUUUCUUUUUCUGAACUUAAUGUACAUAUUUAUUGUUUGAAACUUAUUGGAGCUAUUAAGAUCUGGGG